AUGGAGCUGAAAAUGAACCAAGAUCUAGGGGAGUCAAAACAGACCCAAGCUCAGGUUGUGGAGGCUGUGAAAACGACUGAAACUGCCCCUGACUCUUGCUCGGAAAGCGCUGAGAAGACUGAGGCUGCUGCCACUGAGCCUCCUGAAAUGGCUGAGUAUUACUUCUAUUUUUGUAUGGAUUUGUGUACUUACAAGAUAUCUUUAGUUAGUUUUGAUUGCUUUCUAGUUCAUUUGUUUAGUAAAGAGGUUGUUUUGUUGCAGUCAUCUAUUUCAUGGGAUUUCUUAAAAGUAGCUGCAGUGAAAAAUCGAUUGUUACGAAAACAAUCAUCUUCAGGUGGGUACAACACUAAACGCCUAAGGAAUUUACAGACAGAAACUCGAAGUGAAAUAGAAAGGAUUCAGAUACAGCCUGCUGCUAAGGGUGCAAAGAUACCGCGCACCAGGCAUCCUGUCACAAAAGAGGUCCCUGAUGCUAUGAUUGGCCAGAAACUUCCUGUAGAGGCCUAUAAACUUCCCCAGCCUACUCAGUGUUGCAAGUGUGGAGCGCUUAAGUUUUCCUUUGAGACACUACAUUUCUGUUACUGUGAUGGUGAGGUAAAGAUUGCAACAAAUGAGCACCCUCCUGAGUUGGUGAGGUUGUUCACCUCUAUGGAUGAAGAUGCAAAGCACUUCAGAAUAUAUAUAUGGUUGUAUAACAACAUGUUUACUUUCACAUCAUUAGGUGGAAAAAUGGAUGCCAAGAAAAAAAAGGGAAUUUAUGUGUUUAAGUUGCAUGGCCAAAUCUAUCACAACCUUUCUGGUUUAAUUUCAGGGGAUGUGGGGCCAAAAUAUAUGCAACUUUAUUUCUAUGAUGGUCAGGUGGAGGCUGAGAAAUGUCUGCGUUAUUUCCCAAAACUAAGGGAAGAUGUCUUGGCUAUUCUUAUGAAAGUCACUGAACUAAAUCCCUAUGCUAGGUUCUUUCGAUCAUUAAAGGACAUUUCAAUUAAUGAGUCUACAGAGAUUGUGCUUAAUAAGACAACAGUACCAGAUCAGCGCGUUUACAAUGCUCCUUCCACUGAUGAAGUUGUUGUCAUCUGGCCAGAGAACACUUCUUCAAGGGCUUAA